AUGUCCACGAACCUUCGCAAGGACCCGGGGAUCAUCGAAUCUGAGAAAAUGAAAAUUGAGGAGCAUCCACUGGUUGCUGGCCUCCGGAAAACACUUGAGAUUGCGGAGCACACAGAUGUAAUGAUUGGAGAGCAUGGGAAUACGAUCAAGCGGAAGAAAUUGAUACGGCACGAUGGUGCUGAGAUUCCAUUGGGUGUCACCCCAAUAGUGCCAGUCUCCGAGUCACUUGUGGCGAUAUACCCCGUCAUGCAACCACGCAUCCAGCGUCGCCAUGAGUUGGAGGGACAUGAUCGUGCUGCAAUCGUCAAGUUGCUCUCAUAUGUCCAGCACUUGGCAAUUGCGAAGGCAACUGCCUCUUCCACCCAGGGUAUGAUGGCAGCGAACGUUGUUCGAGGAACUAAAGAUCAACUCCACACGUUUUCACGCAAGGGCGAUGACAGUACGGAAUUUACUGACAAGCAUGCCGUCGAUCUUAUGAUUCCGAUCAUACAAGGCCUAGAAGAUCAAAAUACAAUUGAUGAUGCCGCCCACACCUACAGUUCCGAUGGCGACGCAGGCGUACAAAGUCUCGAUCUCAAAUAUUGA